UGCCAACUUAGCGAAAUAUCCGUAAUGUCGACGGAUAGUUCUCGUAAAUUAUCGAUGCGCAUUUAAAACCUAAAAUGUUAUUAGUUUAACACAAAUGUAAUUUCAAAACGUAUGUGAUUCGUUAACGCGAUACAACGAUAUAGUGAAAUAAUACUUUUUGUUUGGGGAUGCUAUAUAAUUGGCUCCUGUAUUUCCCCCGUUAUUUGGUGACGCUGGUAAUGCACAUUAAAAAUGGUUACUUCUAACAAACAAUCGGAUAAAAAAGUCGUAAAAAUGACCGAACAAAACAAUAGUGUAGUGGUGCCUCAAAGAACACUACUAGGUGAAGUCAACGAACAAAUAACGUGCCCCUUGUGUCGCGGUUACUAUAUCGAUGCAACUACCAUCGUUGAAUGUUUACAUUCGUUCUGCCGUAGCUGUAUUAUAAAACAUCUGCAGGUGAAAAGCUACUGCCCAGUUUGUGAAAUGAUGAUUAAUUCCGCAAAACCUAACAUUAAACUUGAUAAAGCUCUACAAGAUAUAGUCUACAAACUAGUGCCUGGUCUGUUUCAAAAAGAGAUGGAACGCCGUCAACAAUUUUAUGCAUCUAGGCCAGGCCAAGCUGCAUCUGCUACACCAGAACAGAGAGGAGAAGAUACAGAAAGAAUCAUUUUUAGUCCAGAGGAUGUGAUAUCUUUUUCCUUGGAAUAUGCUGACAUUACAGACGCUGAUAGUAUAUCCAGCAAAUCUUCAGACAGCAAUGAACCACCUUCAGUUUCACUGACUACUAGGAGAUUCUUGCAGUGUCCCGCUGUUGUCAAUAUAAGUCACUUAAAAAAGUUUUUGAGUAUGAAAUUUGAUAUUGAUAGCACACAGUUUGCUAUUGACAUAUUAUACAAAAGAGUUCCAUUACCAGAUUAUUAUACACUCAUGGAUAUUGCUUACAUUUAUAAUUGGAAAAGGAAUGAACCAAUGAGAUUUUUUUACCAAAUAAUUGACUAUGUUGCAAUUCGGAAUAGAUUAUUUGAUAUAAAUAGAAAAGGAACCCAUUUUCCUGAUAGAAAAUCUAGUCCUACAUGUACGGAAGAUACAAAUGUGAGCAGUCCAGCUCCAAACGUAAAUGAUCAAGGCUCAGAAGCUUCCUCUGGUAACAACAGUCCAAUGCCUGAUGACAAUAAUACAAAGAAAGUAGGUGACACUACAAAGAAAAACGAAGCACUAGGGCAGAAAGUCAAGGAUACAAAUGCACAAGAUUCUACUUCAGCUCAAACACCAAGAUGCUCUUCCCCAGUAAAAAAGAAUGAUGAUGAGGUGGAGAAGUCACAGUUUUUAAAUUCAUUUGAAUUGACAGCCAAAAGUACUUCUACUACAUCAAAGUCCCCAUCUACCAAGCCCAAUAAUAGUGAAACAAACAUGUUACCAAAAGACGGUCCAAAUAAAUCUUUGGCUAGUGCUACAAAAACUGAUGAUACUUUGAAAAGGAAAUUUGAAAGUUCAAAAAUGUUACCUGAAAUGAAAAAAAUUAAAAUAGAGAUAGAAAAGACAAAAAUACCCUUACCUCAAUCAGGUACCAGCGGUUUAGGAACCAUUAAAAUAUCUAAUUUAAAUGAUCACCUUCAAAAACCAACAGUUGAUUUAAUCGAUAAAGUAAAAAAAGUAGACGAAAUCUCAAAACCUAACCUUCCUAAUGCGAGUAAUAAUACUCAAACAUUGAAUCAAAUGUCUUCGAAAGAAGUUAAGCCACAACAAUUUCCUACUUUAAAACAGCAUUUAGAUAGUCCUGCACAAAAAAGACCAGUGGCAGUGCCUCAGACCAGCUCAUCCCCCAAACGUAAGCCAUCUGAUGUACCUUCAGCUCCACAGCCCUCAUUAGUACAGAAAACUGUGUCUCCCCUUAAACUGCAAAUACCAAAACCUGAAACACAAUCAUCUAAUGUUAAGCAUGUUGAACUUCCUAAACCUAUUAUAAAGAAAAUGCCCGAUCUUAAGCCCAGUAUACCUCCUAUUCCUACAGCGCAAAAUAAGGGGCCACCUAUUGGAAAAUUGCGAAUGGAUCUUUUGGCUAAUAACUGUGAUCCAACAAUUGAUAGAAGUAAGAUAUUGUCACAAGUUAAAACAUCCCUUCCCACACCUAACACUCCACCAUCAUCAGGUGAUCCGUUAAAGUCACUGUUUGAUUCAUGUAAAAUCAAUAUACCAUCAUCAUUGUCUAUCACUUUGACUGAUCAGAAAUUAGAUCCUCGCAGCCCCUCUGACCCUAACAAUUCUGACCCAAAAAAGAAUAUUGUUAAUAAAAACCUUUCAACUGCUUCUACCACCAGCACUCAUAAGGUGCCUAGUCCUCCAGUACAUAAUUACAUUGAGAUUCUUAAAUUACCUGAUACUGACCCCAAGAAACCAAACAAACCAGAGCCUAAUAUUGAUAAAACCAAUGUGCCUAAUAAAUCUGAAAAUAAUUCAGGACCUCCAAAACCACCCACUAAAUCAUCUGAAACUUCUGCAAAGGGUCCCGUACCCAAUUUGAAACCCAUUUCUGAUACUAAAUUAGCUAAACAGAGUGCUAAUUUUACACAACCAAUUACAUUUCAACAAACUUUUGAGCAACAGCUCCAGUCAUUACAGUCAGACAAAAAGUCUAAACUACCUAAAAACAAAACUCAAGUCCCCAAGUUGGUACCUGCCACACCAAAAUCAUUCACUGCUGCAAAUAAACUUAAUAACACUGUUGCUAAACCGAAUCCAACAAAUCUAGGCAAUAUGGAAGGUAAAGCACUUGCACUAGAUUUGUCUACUCCACAUAACAUCCAAAGUCAGUUGGGACCACAACACACUAAAGCCUUUGAGACAAUGCAAUCUAUAGCUAAUUUGGCUAAAAAACAGAACAUUCCUUCAAAAGCAGUACCUAUGCCAAUGGCUCCAGCAAACAGCUAUGCAGGUUUUUCAAACAGGAGCCUUCCCACCAGUGCUCCACCACUGAGAGUGCCAUCUGCAAGUACUAUUAACCAAUUAAAACUUGAUAAAAUUAAUGCCAAUGGAUCACAAGUUAAUCCACCUCCUCGAUCAGACCCUAAUCCACCAAACAAUCCGGUGAAACAGACAAACAAUGCAAGCCCCACUAUUUCAUCACCUAACUACCCUCACAAUCCACCCAGUGCAACUCAACCUUCACCAAGAUCACAAACUCGCUCGCCAAGCUCUUCCCCGAAGCUAGUCAUAGCAGAGGAGAAGCAAGCAAAUAGUACAUCUACUGAACUGAAUUUGAAUCAGUCAAAUCAAAUUACAAGCACUCAAUUAUCCAAUACAAGCACACCAAAAGUUGAGUCACCCAAAGCUUCUCCGGGGCCAUCCAAAGCAGGCAUUAAAUCUCUUAAGCCACAAAUGCCUCCUAGCAAGGUGACAGGCAUAAGACAACCCAUAACUCCCACAAUGAAUACAACUCAGCCUAUAAAUUCUCCAGCUGACUAUCUAACCCAGCCACAACUUAUAUCUCACGCUCAUCGAGCUAUGCUGAGACAUCAAAUGGAAAUGCAAAAUGCUUGGCUCAAGAUGGCGUCGCUACAAACAACUAUCCCCUUCAAAUCCCGAAAACGAGCUUAUUAUAAUGAAACAAAAAUAAAAUCUAAUAAUGAAAAUGAAGACAUUUUAAAUAUUGACGUUUUGAAAAGUCCUUUGAAAAGGAAACUAGAAGAUAAGAUCACAGAAACGAAUGAUACGAAAGACUUGUGUUCUGCAAAGAAAAUUUCAAGAAAGCAAAAGAAGUGUGCAGAUACUACAGAUGCCCUAAAUAUUGGAAAUAGUCCUACAGAGAAUGCCCUUAAACCACUUGUGGGUAGAGAAAAGGAAAUAGAAUUUUUGGAGAAUUUUUUAACUGAACAACUUGACAAGGGCGAAUCCGCUUCUCUAUAUGUUUCUGGACAACCCGGUACGGGCAAAACUGCGAGUUUAUCGUACAUCUUACAAACUCCAAAGAUACGAGAUGGAUAUAAACAAGUGUAUAUCAAUUGCUUGAUGAUGAAAUCGGCGGCUAGCAUUUACUGUAGGAUUUGCAAAGAGUUGCAGAUAACAACUUCGGGCACGAGCGAAAAAGCUUGUCUUAGCGCCAUUGAAAAAUAUUUAUUUAAAAAACACAAUCCUAUCCUACUAAUUUUAGAUGAGAUCGAUCAACUAGAAAGCAAGCGUCAGUCAGUACUGUACACUAUAUUCGAGUGGGCUUCCACUCAGGAAACUCGACUAGUGUUAGUAGGGAUUGCAAAUGCUUUGGAUUUGACGCAACGCUCGCUCCCAAGACUGCAAGCUCGGGCGAACCUUAGACCUGCCACACUACACUUCCCACCCUAUACCAAGCAGCAAAUCAUCGAUAUAUUCACACACGAGCUAUCUGCUGAGGACACCACUAAUGUGUUCUCGCCUGUUGCGCUACAGAUGCUUGCAGCCAAAAUUGCCGCAGUAUCGGGCGAUUUGCGACGAGCCUUAGACCUAGGACGGAGGGUUAUUGAUCUCGCAAGACGAAGUAAAUUCUCUGAGAAUCAAUCUGUAGAUAAGAUGCUGAAGGAUUCAUCAGUCACCGUUGAACUAAAGCAAGUUCUAGAAGUUUUGAACGACAUCUACGGUGGAUGUAGGAACAUUGAUGCAGACGCGGAAGACCGCAUCCCGAUGCACCAAAAACUGAUACUAUGCAGUCUUAUGCUGAUGUUGACUAAGGGGAAAAGCAAGGAAAUUGUAAUGGGAAAGCUCCAUGAUGUUUAUAAAAGGGUGGCCAAGGCGCGGAACAUCGCUCCCAUGGAUUUGGGUGAGGUGGCAUGGUCCUGCUCCCUGCUGGAGAAUCGGGGCGCGCUGCGGGUAUGCGGCGGAGCGGUCGGCGCGCCCACUCAGCGCCUGCGCCUGCGCCUGCAGUGGGACGAGGCCGAGCUCGGCGCCGCGAUGCGCGACAAGCCGCUGCUCUCCGCCAUACUCGCCGACUCCAGGUGCCUCACCGCCUGAUACCAAAUAGUUUCGCCAUAAAACGCGACGUUGCCAAGUUGAUGCGUCGGAGUGGCAACGUCGCACACGCACUCUAUGAUAGUCGCCGGCAAAAGUACGCUUCCUGCUGGAGGAUCAGGCUGACCCGUUACGCUUACAGACAAGCCGCUGCUCUCCGCCAUACUCGCCGACUCCAGGUGCCUCACCGCCUGAUACCAAAUAGUUUCACCAUAGAACGCGACGUUGCCAAGUCUACGCGUUAGAGUGGGAACGUCGUGAACUCCCGCAAUGAU